AUGGAUGAUAACUUGGGUCAGAUCAAGACAUAUUUUUCUCAAGGCAUUCUGACACCUGCAACAGUCAUUGCCUGGGAUGAAUAUGAUCCUGAUAAUGAAACUUCUCUUCUAGGCAUGUGUGUAGAAGCGUGCAAGCCUUAUUUCUCAAGCAACAUGGUGGCUUUUAAUACUGCAGUCUGGAGAUACGCCAUGAAACAGUUCAAGUACGUUUCAGUAGUGAACAUCGAGGGAUGGGCAGACCUUGUUGCAGACUGUGUCUUCAGAGGGUUGGACAUCCAUCAACAGCUUCGAUCCGACACCGACUUCAGCGCUUUGAAAGAUAUACUGUUUUACAACUGGGACACUGACGAGAUAUUGGAAAAUGUGCAUCGAUGGCUAGAUAUUGUGGAGCAAGCUGGUGUCAGCAUUAAGGAAUAUCUCAUGGUCGAGACAGAGUGCUGUUUCGCGACGUGGCACGAUACGCCAUAUUGGAAUGACAAUAAAGUCGGCUCCUCGAACUACAGACGAGUUCUGUUCAUCAAGGAGUCGAGAGGCAGACAAUUUCCAUUCUGGGCCCUUUCAAUCCGGGACGAGUGCCCUGUUAGGGAGCUAUUGAUGGAGUACGAACACUUUGCUACGCCACUCACAUUGUACCCAGCAAGCUCGACACAAGCAUACAUUGCGCAGCAUGAAGCUUGGAAAGAACAUCAGACCUUAGGGGCUCCAGACGGAUCUGAUAGACAUCGAAAAGGGUGA